GUCGUGCCGCUACUUCCGAGGAAAUAGCAUCUAAAAGGAUACCUUGUAAGUUCAGGUGACAAUCGAACCAAUUCUGUCAAGAUGUCAAGACCAAUCCUCAGCAGGCCGCGUACGCGUGUCUACGGUUGCAACUACGAUAAAGGGGAAUCGUAUUAUAAACCGAUGGUUGAUCACCUAGACCGGAAGUACAGCGGACGCCCACUCUUCUCUGAACCCAGAACCUCGGUAGCCGAUGAGAUCGCGGCCAGCCGAAACGACAUCGGCUCGCGUGACCUCUCCGGUCCUCGCCCGAAUCCCCUCGGCCGUAACCUCGACCUCGAGUUAGACCCUCUGAUCCGUGCUCCCCAAUUGCCGCUCUCCUCCAGCGACCCCCUGUUCCCCGAGAGCGAGGAGAUCGUCUACGACAGCCGUGGUCAACGAAGCCGGCGUCAGCUCGCUGAAAAUUUCGUCAACGACGUAACCGCGACCACGAAACACCUAAGAGCGAAACUGGCCACGAUCGGGCUAGAGGAAGAGGUCGACACCGUGUUGGGAAAACCGUCGCGACGACUGCGCCAGGAACAGGAUUUCCUGGAGAACGCGUUGCACUCGAGGCGAGACAUCCAGCAAGAGAUGAAAUCGGCGAUCGAGGACGCGGAAUCGAGCUUCAAACGGCGUUCGAAACUUCUCGAUGACGUCGAUCUGAUGUCCGAGAGCAAACCGGUGCUCAUGAAAUGGUCCAAGCUGACCAACGAGGACGAUUCGCUGGCUAGCGCCGCGGCGACCAGAGCCAAACAGACGAAAGCCCGUUUGAACGAUCUCGAGUCCGAAAUGGAGGAACUGUCCGAGAGGCAAGCGAAAAGAGAACGCAGAGCGGCUGCGCUCAGAGCGAUGAUUAACGAGAGUGCGACUGAGUCUGCGAAUGUCCAAGAACAGUCAUCUUCUAUCCUCAGUAAGAAGGUCUCGAUUCGCGAACGCUCGGAGAAACACGUUGCCUUUUAAACGUUUCCACGAUACCGGACAAAUGUUGUUUCUCGUAUUAUUGAUAGUUUCCACAGGCCGAAUUCCGCGUACAGUUUAUUGGUGAAUGUUGUGUUAGUAACGUGAAUAGGAAGAUACUAUUGAUAAAAUUGUAUAUGUAUUCGUAUAAUAUGAUAAACAUUGAAUUAUACGAAAAUUUUUUGCUGUAGGGCAUCAUGCGUGAAAAAAGGACGACCAUUGAUGCAAUUUCGACUGUGAUUAAAUGUUAGAGUCAAUGAUGAAAUUUAAGCACAAUUUAGUUUUUGUCAAUUAUCAAUAAUAUUGAACAAAUCGACGAACCGGUCUCUUUGUCCGGUACUGUAUCUAGCUUGAACAUUUAUGAUUGAAGAACUAUAAAGACUUAAAGUUUAUUUAAUGACGUUACUGUUUUCGAGAAGAUCGUAUUAUUCUUUUUUAUAAUUGAUCGAUGUACUGUCAGAAGCAAAUAGUUUAACCACGUACGUGACACAGAUGUUUGUAUAAAAUUAUUUCAUGUAGUAAAAAUACAUCAGCAAUACCAUAAAGAAAUACGACUUAAUAUGUUUGUCGCUCAUUUUGAACCCACGUAUAAACGCAGUAUUCGAAUAUAAGAAAGUAUUAUUAAAAGGAGGGCGAAAUAAUUAUGUAAUUACUGG